AUGAACGAAGACAGAGAAUUUUAAAAGAAAGUACAAGUAGCAGUAGAUUCUGUAUAUAUUUAUAUGAAAUGUUAGUAUUUGGGAAAAAGAGAUAAACAAUCAUAAAUGGUUGAAUAGAUUUAGAAUGUUUUAGAAAGGGAAUAAUUGAUUGAUUAAGUUCAAAAAUUACUUGUGGAAUUGAUUACUAAAAUGACAGAGCGUUUUAUAUCUAAUGUAAAGACAUAUAAUAUAAUUAUAAUAGAUGAAAAAUCAAGUAGAAAAUGAGAUUUUGAAAUUGAGAUAAACAAUUAGAUCAACACAUUAGAGAACAUAUUCAGCAGUAGAUAAAGAUAUAUUGGAAGAUUAAGUACAAAGGACUUUGAAUAAGCAUGAUGUUUAAAUAAAUAUGUUAUUGGAGCAUCAGUAAGUUUACUUUUGUUCAUUAAUUUAGGGCUUAAUUAAAAUAAUUGAGAUAAGAAGGACUAAGUAAUGAGAGUAUUAUAGUUAAUAUAAAUUAAAGUAAGAGUGGGAAAUAAGUAUUAAAAAGGAAUAGGAAUCAUUGAGAUUAGAAAUUGAUGAGUAAUUAAAAUAAUUCUAACGAAAUUACAAUUGUAUUUUAUAUAUAAAUAUGUGAAUAAGAAAAAUAAUAGACAAU